AUGUGGCUGUUGAUAGGUAAAAUUGCUGGCGAUGUGUCCAAGUGUGCGAGCAGUGACAUUAAGAUAUGGAACUCGUUUGUCGAUUCCUGCGAGAACAAGCUGGAAUCUUGUGAUCAAAAGGAUAUUUUGCGGAUUGUUAGAGCCAUAAUCAACUUUUACAGGUUCUAUGGCCACGAGAUACGAACAAGAGACCAUCCCUUUGUGGAGGCAGUCUUGGAGCAAGUCGUUAAAUACUGUGAAGCCUACAAUUGCGGUGAACUGGGAGAGAUAUCAGAGAUUUUUUCUGAUUUGGCCAAUCACAACCCCUUUGUUUUACAAGGAGUAUUUACACUCUUGUCAAAAAUUAGCAUUACAUUCAAGCUAAGACUCGCAGAAGCCAUUCCAAUAGAUGUUAUUAAGUUAUCUUUGGCAUUUUCAAAGUUAGGGAUUCGUGAUGAUCCACUUUUUGGUACACUUGUAAAUUUUGCGUGUAAUGGAUCUAAUGGGUUUCGUUUAGAGGAUCAUAGGAUCCUGCUGACGAGCUAUGCCAUUAUUGGAUACUAUGAUGAGAAGCUGCUUGAAAUUGUCCUGGAUGGAUACUCAAAAACAAAGAACUUAAGUUCAAACGACCUCGGAAUUCUCUCCUUCAUUUUCAGCAAGUUGGACUAUAAAAACGACAGAGUUAAGCAAUUGUUUUACAAGCAUAAAAUUGAUAGUGUGGAACUAUUUGACAUUCCAAGCUUUUGUGCAAACUUGUAUAAACUGGAUAUCACUGUUCCGGAAAAUCUUGUGAAAAGGAUUGACGUCGAUAAACUCUCUGCGGAAUUAUUUUUUGACACCGUACCGUUAUUAGCAAGGUCAAUAUUUCCAGAUGAACUAAUCAUGACCAAAUAUCUUGAAUUUAUCAAGGAUUCUACAUUUGAUGAUCAUGUCAAAAUUUUGGAGUAUAUCGUAAACUCUGAAUUCACAGAAUCGAUGGAAAAGUUGUGUAACAUGUGUAUUAAGCACAUUUUUGAGGGUAUUUCUAGGGACAAUCUUCAUGCGCUUCCGGCAGAAGGUGAAACAUUUGCAAACACAUCAAGUAUUGACAAUUUCCAAACACUACAACUGUUGAUAAAACUCCCUUGUUGUUGGCUCUAUGACUAUAUUGAAAAGUUUGGUACUAUUUUUAAAUCGGUUCCUAUUAAAUAUAAAUCGCAAUUCAUCACACUCCUGUUCGGCCUAUAUACUUUUUUUGACUUUGCUCCAGGAUCAAGUUUAAUACCUGAAAUUGAAAAACACUUUGGAACAUCAAUUCAAGAGGCCCUAUCCGAAAUUAUCGCACAAGAAAAUGUAAAUAGAGCGCCAUACACGCUCUGCGCGGAGGUUGAAGAACUAUUAGGAGACAAGACAGAGGUGAGUAUUUUAUAG